CCCUGUUACAGCUCACAAAAUCUCUUUCACAAGAUGCUUCAGUUUCUCUCUCUCUCUCUCUCUCUCUCUCUGACAACCCUGUCUCUUGAAUUGCUUACUACUCUUGAAGAACCCAAAAAUUCUGCAUGAAUGGAGAUCAAAAUCAUUGGCUUGCUCUCUCUAGCUUUCUCUCUCAUCUACUUGUCAAUUCUGCGUCUGUCAACAGCUUUCACACCGGUAGACAACUACCUCAUCAACUGUGGAUCAAGCACAAAUGUCACUGUUGAUAACCGACUCUUCACCGGUGAUUUGACCGGACCGGGUUCGGUUUAUCUGUCUUCUUCUGGUAAAUCAAUCUCUCUCACGAAUCAAAACCCAUCUUCAAAUUCAGCUCCACUUUCCCGAACAGCUAGGGUUUUUCUCAGUGCUUCAAGUUAUGAGUUCAACAUCAAGAAGACUGGGACGCACUUGGUACGUCUUUAUUUCUCUCCCUUCACUACUUCCCAGAGUUACAAUCUCAAUAAUGCAAAUUUUAGUGUUUCGGCUAAUGGGUUUUUGCUUUUGAGCAAUUUUGAUAUUCGAUACACUGUUCUUAAAGAGUUCAUUUUGAUGGUAAAUGAUGUGAAUUUGGAACUAUCGUUUGUACCUUCGAGCCAAUCGGGUUUUGCGUUUGUUAAUGCAAUUGAAGUGUUCUCUGCUCCUGAAGAUCUCAUGUUUCAGUAUGUGGCUAAAUCGAUUGGUCCUAACGGAGUCGAAGAGUUUAAGAAUCUUUCUUCGCAAAUUUUAGAAACGGUUCAUAGGAUUAAUGUUGGGGGUUCAAAAUUGACCCCUUUUAAUGAUACCCUUUGGAGGAUUUGGAUCCCUGAUGAGGAUUUUCUAGUUCUGAAAUCUGCUGCGAAGACUGUGAGUACAACACAUGCUCCAAAUUAUGAGAAAGAUGGUGCAAACAGAGAGAUCGCUCCUGAUAAUGUUUAUAUGACUGCACAGCAGCUGAACAGGGAUAACUUAAAUGCAGAUGCUGUGUUCAAUAUAACUUGGGAUUUUCCAGUGAGCUCAGAACCUGCUCGAUACUUCAUUCGUUUGCAUUUCUGUGACAUUGUCAGUAGGUCACUUAACCAGCUUUACUUCAAUGUAUUUAUCAAUGGAUUCGCUGCGUACAAAGAUCUUGAUCUGUCUGCUCUUACAUUCAAUUUGCUUGCAUCUCCAUACUACAUAGAUUUUGUUGUGGGUUCGGAUAAUUCAGGGGUUGUGCGUAUUAGUGUUGGUCCUUCUGAUCUUAGUAGUUCAUUGAGAAAGGAUGCUAUUUUGAAUGGGGUAGAGAUCAUGAAGAUGGUGAAUUUUUAUGUGGUUUCAGAAACUCGGCCUGAGAAGAGAAGUGUUUGGGUUUUGGUGGGUUCAGUUGUUGGAGGCUUUGCUUUUCUAUGUUUGGUUGGACUCGCAGUUUUAUUGAUAUUGAGAGGUAGGAGGCAAAAACAGAAACCAAAACCUGUGGAAAGUAUGGGUUGGACACCUUUACGGGUAUAUGGAGGGAGUUCACAAAGUAGGCUAUCUGAAGGGACUGCCUUUCCAUCUCCGGGGCCAUAUGGAUAUCUUGGCUUGAGGAUCCCUUUUGGUGAAAUACAGUUGGCAACAAGCAAUUUUGACCAAAAUCUGAUUAUUGGUUCUGGUGGAUUUGGCAUGGUUUACAAAGGGGUUCUUAGAGACACCACAAAGGUUGCUGUGAAGCGAGGUGUACCAGGGUCCAGGCAGGGUCUUCCUGAAUUCCAGUCUGAACUAACCGUUUUGUCAAAAAUACGACACCGCCAUCUUGUUUCACUUGUUGGGUAUUGUGAAGAACAGUCAGAAAUGAUACUUGUCUAUGAAUUCGUGGAAAAAGGGCCAUUGAAAAAUCAUUUAUAUGGUUCGGGAUUAACACCUUUGUCUUGGAAGCAGAGGCUUGAAAUAUGCAUUGGUGCUGCAAGAGGCCUUCACUACCUUCACACAGGUUCGGCACAGGGAAUCAUCCAUCGUGACAUCAAAUCUGCCAAUAUUUUGCUUGAUGAAAAUUGUGUUGCUAAGGUUGCAGACUUUGGUCUCUCAAGGUCUGGUCCGUGUAUCAAUGAGACCCAUGUAAGCACUGGUGUCAAAGGUAGUUUUGGGUAUCUCGAUCCAGAGUAUUUUCGGACGCAGCAGCUUACAGAUAAGUCAGAUGUUUAUUCAUUUGGGGUUGUGCUUUUCGAAGUUCUUUGUGCUAGACCUGCUGUUGACCCAUUGCUGCCCAGGGAGCAGGUAAAUUUAGCUGAAUGGGCAAUUCAAUGGCAGAAAAAGGGUCUGCUCGAACAGAUCAUUGAUCCAUUCCUAAUGGGGAAAAUAAAGCCAAGUUCACUGAAAAAAAUUGGCGAAACAGCAGAGAAAUGUGUUGCUGAGUGUGGUGUUGAUAGGCCUACAAUUGGUGAUGUAUUAUGGAAUUUGGAAUAUGCGCUUCAGCUUCAGGAAACUGGAAGGCCAAGGUUAUCUCAUGAAGUCAGUGAUAUCACUUCUUCAGAGCUCCCAGGACCCAGAGUUGUUCCCCAAGUUCCCUCAAGCCAUGUUAGAAUUGAGGGAGAUGAUUCUGAUGGGAUUUCAAAUAUAACAACAAGCCGAGUUUUUUCCCAACUGAUGACCAAAGAAGGUAGAUAGUUUAUAGGUUCAUGCCAUAAAAUAUGAAAUUCUUGCUUAAACACAGGCAUGAACUACAUUGCUUGGAAUUUCUGCAGAAACAUAAAAUCAAGAAGUAUCAAAUGUAAUUCUAGCUUUAUUUUGUUUCAAUAAAUAUAGAUGCAUAUAUAAUUCUUUUCAA